AUGCGUUUCACUUUGAUCCUUUUGCUCUGCGCUAGCUUGGCUGCGGUCAAUGCCGAUGUGGUCUCUGGAAAUUUCUCUGACAAGGUCGUUGUCGCUCGUAGUGAUACGAAAGAAAAAAACCCAUGUGCAAACUGUGAACUAGGUACGCCUAUGCCUACUACGACGAGGACUCCAACAACUACUUGGUGCUGGACCACUGCCACUCUCACCCCUCCACCUCAAACAGGAGUCGUCGUUCCCGCUGAGCCGCCACACGGGAGCGGGGCUUCCAGUAGAGUCUGGUCUACCCCCUUGGUCCAACCCACUCCAGAGAGCACCAUGCCCGUGUUCAAUGGUGCUUCAUCUCUCCAGAAAUCUCUAGCCGGGCUUAUCCCCGGUCUCGCCAUCGCAAUGGCUCUAAUCUAA